AUGUCCUCAAGGCGAUAUCAUUCCUUGAUUGUCCUGUCUCUGAUUUUUGGCAUCUACCUCAUCUUCAUUGCUACAGGUGACAGCAACGGAAACUCAACUCUGCUUGCCCUUAUAGGCUCCAACUCACUAUCCAGAAAUGCAGUCCCACCGUACAGAGUUCCUAUUCCCGACGAAUACUACCUACCCAAGAAUGAAAACACAUCCCCUACUCGAAAGGCCAAUGCAGCGAUUCUGAUGCUAGCACGAAACAGUGACUUGAAUGGGGUGGUGACUAGCGUGAAACAGAUGGAGGAUCGCUUCAACAAAAAGUUUCAAUAUCCCUACAUUUUUUUGAACGAACAACCGUUUGAAGAAGCCUUCAUUACGCGGGUUACGGAGCUCACCGAUGCGGAAGUAAAAUUUGGCAUCAUCCCAAAGGAACACUGGGUACAACCGGAGUACAUAGACGAGGCGAGGGCAGCGGCUUCUCGAGGCAGAAUGGUCCAGAGUAACAUCAUUUACGGAGAUAGACCGGAUGUCAAAUUCUUUUGCGAUCUCGACUACGAUCCUUUCUUACUCAUGGAGGACCAAGAUAAACUAUAUGGCUUCAAUGUCGCACUAUACGAGUUCCAAGCCACCAUACCGACUCUGUGGGAUGCAGUCAAAGAAUUCACGACGAACAAUCCCGAAUACGUUGCCCCGGAUAAUGCUAUGGACUUUCUCUCAGAUAACGGAGGGACAUCAUACAAUCUCUGCCAUUUUUGGAGUAACUUUGAAAUCGCUAAUCUCGAUCUUUGGAGGAGUGAAGCAUACACAAAAUUCUUUGAAUUUUUGGAUCGAAAGGGUGGAUUUUACUACGAGCGAUGGGGUGAUGCACCGGUUCACAGCAUGGCAGCAUCUCUUUUCCUUAAUAAAUCACAAUUGCAUUUCUUUGACGACAUCGGAUACCGACACGAGCCAUUUGAGCACUGUCCCGGAGGAGAGUCUCAUAAAAAAGGGAAAUGCGCAUGCGACAGCGCAGAUAAUUUCGACUACCAGCCAUACUCAUGCUAUACCAGAUACGAGAAGCUGUUCCCUAAUGUAACAUAUUCUUAA